UCUGACUUUAGACGUAGUCUUUCUAAUCUGUGUGUUCGGCACCCGGUUUAAUUAAUCUACCUACUUUGUCUAAUUUUAUUCCUGUUUCUACUCCUCAAAAUCUAUUUAAUCCACAUUAUUUUUCAAUUAGAAUAUAUAAGAUUCUGUGUAAAUUAAUAAGGGAUAGACUACGGAAAAUGGCUGCUUUAGUAGUUCAGUCGCGUUUUGCUGGAUUGAAAAUUGAGGAUGACGAUCAUCCUACAACUGGCGAUAGUCAGAAAUCUAAGAAAACUAAAACAAACACUGCCAAAAAGUCUGAGCCCACCAAAAAAAUAAAAACAAACAAUAAAACCCAGGCUAUUACAAAGAAGAAGAAAUCUAAGCAAAAUACUCCUUCUGCAGAUCAAUGGGAACUGUGGAAACAGAAAGAUGAAGAACUUGUUGAUGGAAAUUUUGAAUCAGAAUUGCAACAGGCUAUUCUCUUAUCUAAACUUGAUUACGAAGAAAAAAAAGAUGUUUAUAAGCAGAUGAAAAAAGAAGCAGAACUUAAGAAGAAAAUAGAAGAACAGAAUGUACGAUCGGGCUCAAAGAAACAAAAAAAGAAAAAUGUUAUGAGUUUGGAUCAGUUCAAUGAUUUAAUGAGUACUGGUGAUGAACCUAAAUUUAACCAUGAAGAUGACAAAGAUACUAAUGAAGAUAUCAACUCUGCAGGCAAAGAUACAGAAUUUUUUGAAAGAAUUAAAGAUGAUGCUAAAAGUGAACUAUUAAAAGACAAAAUCAAUGACAGAGUUCGACAUCGGCAGACUCUUCCAGAUGAAAUAAUUACUAGAGUUCAGUUUGCAGAUGCACUUGAGAAAAAAGACAAAGAAAUAGCUGCAUUAAAGCAAGAGAUUACUACUCUUAAGCAGGAAUUGCUGACAGUGAAGUCAAGAAAUAAGAAAUUAUGCAACAUUCUAGGACAAGGCGAAAUGAAAGAUAAAGCAGAAGUGCUAGUUGAAGUGGAACGGUUGCGUGCCGUGCAGGCAGAGCUUACGGCUGAACUAGCUAUUUUACACACCGACCUAGAAAAGGAGCGCUCCAAAAAUACAGAUCCAAGAGCCAAAGAUAAGAAGAAAAAAGGUGGAAAUGGAGAUAAAGACAAAUAGCUGAAAAUAUAAUGAUUUAGUAAUAAGUUAAUUUUGUCAAUGUUUUUCACUUGUCAAUUUUUUAUAUGUUAUACGAAACAAGAAGAAAAAAAUUAUAUGGUGGUGCCACAGUGGUGCUUAAUAUCACGACAAAAUAAGAACUCAUUAUGAACGUCCAUGACAAAUUUACACUGCAUGAAAGAUCUCUUUUUUAGUUAUUACUGUAUUUUUCUUUUCAUUGUUAAUUUAUGACAUUAUGCACUAUACUUAACUACACAUGUUACAGUAUUGUGGACAUUAUCAUCAGUACCUAAUUAGGUU